AUGGAGUUCCACUUCGAUGUGGACGCGCUGCUCGGGGAGCGGGUCACGGCGGUGGACCAGCACCUCCAGCCGCCGGGCCGCAGGGGGCCCGGCUACACCGCGGCCCAUAGGGUGGAUCUGCAGCAGCAGCUCAUGACCAUCAUAGACGAGAUGGGCAAGGCCUCGGCCAAGGCCCAGAACCUGCCGGUCCCAAUCACCAGCGCCUCACGGAUGCAGACAAACCACCACGUUCUCUACAUCCUGAAGGACAAUGAAGUGAAGACAGCGGGGAAAGGGGCCAUAAUUGGCUUCCUCAAGGUCGGCUACAAGAAGCUCUUCCUGCUGGAUCGCCAUGGGGCUCACAACGAGGUGGAACCGCUGUGCGUGCUGGACUUCUAUAUCCACGAGUCGCUGCAGAGGCACGGCUACGGCAAGGAGCUCUUCCAGUGCAUGCUGCAGCGCGAGCGAGUGCAGCCCCACCAGCUGGCCGUGGACCGCCCCUCGGAGAAACUCCUCUGCUUCCUCCGCAAGCACUACAACCUGCAGGGGACCAUCCCCCAGGUGAACAACUUUGUGAUCUUCGAGGGCUUCUUUGCCGACCAGCAUGCUCCAGUGAGGAAGUUGCCUUCAAAACGUGCUGAGGAGGAGAUAAAACCCUACUCUCUAACAGACCGCGAGUUCCUGAAGGAGGAGGUGGAGCCACCCUGGCCCUUCAACCAGUCGCAUUCGCUGAACCGCUCCAGCAGCCUGGGGAACUCGCCGGUUCGCACCUGCCUCAAGCCCUUCCUCAACGAGCAGGAGCUGCUGCGGAACCUGCGCCUCUGCCCCCCACACGCGGCUGCCCACCACCUGCUCAACGGCGAGCCGGGCGAGCCGGCCGCCCAGAGGCGGAGAACCAGGAGGAGCGCUGUGGGGCAGGACGGCCUGGUGGCUCAGCGGAGUUCCUACAGCCGCUACGGGAACCCUGCCCCGUUGCCUGAGGGGGUGGCCGGCGGCGCUGAGAGGAGAGCGGAGAGCAGCCGAGAGCCACUAAGGAGACUCCAGGACUCAGAAGGCCGGUUGGACAGCACAAUAAUCACCAGCCAGGAUCCAUCACAUCCAGCCCUCCUACCCCAGCCAGGUGGGACGGUCCGUCACUCUGAGGGCACCUCCCCUCCCACCGAGCCGGCCCUGAUGGACAGGACUAAAGACCCAGGCAUCCGGAAGGCCUCGGAGUCAAAGCCCUCGGGCCGAGGAGAUCCUGUGGACUGCCUCCCUCCACGGCUCGACAGCAGGUGGUACGACCGAGCCAGAGUGCCAUGGGGGAAGCAGCUAUCUUGGACAGUAGCGGGAGUGUCACGGGACGCCCAAUGGAUCCGCUACAAGCAGGAAUAUCGCAACACCAGGCCCUGGAGAUGCAGGGACAUGCCGGCUGCUUCCGGGGAGCUGCGCGGAGCCGGGUAG